AUGGAAAGAAGCUUGCAUCACAAUUGCAAGUUGGGUGACUUUGAUAAGAUGCUUGAAGCUGUUGGGGAAGAGGUUUUCAAUGACAUCAUGAAUAAUCAUGGUGUUGGAGUGAUUCUAAAGCUUGCUUUAUCGAAGAUGAUAUGGACUGCGAAGCCUAUCCAACAUAUCCUUGGGAAUCAAUUGACCAUUGAUACGAUGAAUGAGAUUUGGGUUUUGGUUGGUGGUCGUCCGAUGAGGUUUUCUCUACAUGAGUUUGCGGAGAUCACUACGCUAAAGUGUGACCCAUUUUAUGAUAAAGAUAUAUUGGAUGUUGACCACACUUAUUUGUGGAAGGACAUGAAGGUUGAUGUAGGUCUUGCACCUAGUUGGGACGAGUUGAUUGCUGUUUUUGACUUUUACAGGACAUGGAGUUAUGAGAAGAGAAAAAUGGUAGCAUUGCUCUUUGUCUUGCACGUUGGAAUAUAUGAGUUUGCUCGUAGUAGUAGAAUCCCUCUCAUGGCUGCGAAAAGAGUGUUUGAAUCUAGAAGCAUUUGA